AUGUCUAUCUUAAGUCGAAGUGCUGGCAGCUAUGGCUGUCCUAUACCGGACCAUCUCGAAGAACUCGACGUUGGUCCCUUCGUGGGGAAUCUCACCUUCUAUCAAUUCAACAUCAUUGUAUCCGGUGCUUGCACAGCGAUUGUGUUAUUUCUCAUCUUGGGCCUUAUGGGUCGACAUGCGAUGCAUAUGAGCAAUCCUAACGAGCAACUAAAAAUAAUGCGAAUCUGCAACCUCAUUCCGUCAUAUCAAAUCCUUUCCUACAUCUCAAUCUGCUUUCCGAACUCCUACAUCUAUCUACAAGGGUUUACCGAGGUUCUACAGGGCGUGGCGUUAUACGCCUUCCUGAUGCUACUUUGUGAUUACAUGGCUCCUGAUGAUAAGAGCAAAGUGAAGUUUUUCUCUUCGCUCGAGACGAAAAGACAGUGGCAGCCGAAGAAGAAGAGGAAUGGUCUUGCCUUUUUGAGUUUGACCUGGUACUCAGUCCUUCAAUACCCUGUCAUCACUUGGAGCACCGCUAUUGUCCAAGUAGUGACACAGUCAAUGCAUGUCUACUGCCUUGAAAGCAACGCUCCUCAUUUCGCUCACAUUUGGCUCCAAGUGGUCACAUCAGUGUCAACGUCCAUAGCCAUCAAUGCUAUAAUCCAAUUCUAUGUGAACAUGAAGGGAUACAUGACAGAGCACAAGCCACUGCUGAAGCUAAUGGCAUUCAAACUGAUCGUUGGUCUAAUCUUGCUUGAGAAGAUUCUGUUCCUCAUCCUCACUAGCACAAAAGUUCUCACAUACCCGCCUUCGAUGACCUACAUCGACACACUGAUGGGCCUCCCAACAAUGCUUAUCUGUGUGCAGAUGGUGCCGCUCUCCUUCCUAGUUCUUUAUGCCUACCGCACAAAACCCUACGAGAUCUCAACCUCGGUGAGCAGGCUGCGACCCCAGGCAUACCAGGCUCUUGAGUCAGACCAGGACGAGGAGGUCUUACUGAACGACCCGCCCAAACGGUAUCAAGGUGGAGCUUGGGGUCUACGUGCCUGGGCUAUGUACUUAAACCCGCUCGUACUGUUCCAGGAUGUCUAUUCGGCUUAUGUCAUGAUACAUAAUGCGCGGUCUCUGCAGAAGGUUCAACAGAGGGAAGAACCAGAGCAGGAGGAGAUGGCAGGGUGGGAGACGAGGUAUGAACCUUGUGAGAGGAGCCGAUGA